UAAUAUUUUGCUUAGUUUGUUGUGCGUUUGGAGCUCCUACAGAAAACACUUGGAGUAUAACUGACAACGAAAACUCAACUAAAGGAUAUCAACAAUUUAUAACUAUACAGAACUUACUAAAAGACAAUAUGGCUAAUGCAGAAUGGUCGCAUCCCGAAAAGAUCUCAGAUAACCGAAAAUUAUCUUUGUUUACUACUGAUAGUUCUAAACAAUCAAAUAAUACUUAUUCAAUAAAUGUGUCUAAAUCUAGCACUGUCUCAACGAGCAGGCCUCGGAACGUCAGAACAACAUCAAAAAUAUCAGUAGGAACAAGAGGUACAACAGAGCACCCUUUUGAAGAAAAUGUUAAUGUUUCAGAAACGGCUAGUGAAAUGUCGCUGAAUCCACUAAGCGCCUUUAAAACUACAACGAUAGAAUCCAUGAAAAUUUCUACUGAUCCUCCUCAAGCAUCAAUAGCCCUCAAUGCCCUUCAGGAGUUUUCACAGACAUUUGAAAACCUCAAAAACAGAAGUCGACGAUUACUUUUGUCUGUGAUAAAACAGAUUUUGCCAUCAUUGGUUCGUUACAGUUCCCAGGUUACACUUUCAGGAGAUUGCACUGCAAGUAUUUUCCAGAUCCUUUUUGGCUUACGAAGACUAGAUGAUUGGGCUCUCAAACUUAUAGACGCCUCUGGCAAGGUCCCUAGUGGCUUUCUUCAUGGAACAGUCGCAGAGUUCGGUGAUUAUGAGGAAUGUCAUGACAUUAUGGCAACAAACAAUCGAGGAAAAAAUCUGUUUCAAGGCCAAUACUGUGCUGUUGAUGUCCAGCCAUUCUUACCUCGCCAUUUUGAGUACCAUGUCUACACAACUAACAAAACGCUACAUGAAAUAGAAGAAAUGCUGGCAUAUAUGUAUCGAAUUAAAUUUCGCCUUGGGUUUUGUGUGCCGUCCAAAUGUGGUCUAGAAGACGUUCGUAGGAUUGCUGAGAAAGCGACAGAAGAACUUCAGCUGAAUGUAACCGUUCCUUGGUGUGAUGCUAAGCAACCUUGGAAUUGGGACAAAGUUGAGGAGAGUGUUGUGUGGUUUAACGUCUUCCUGUUCUCUCUGAUUGUCUUAGCAACUGUAGUGGAAACUGCCCAAAGAUAUUUCAAACAUUUGGAAAUGAAAAAUUAUAUCACUGAUUCAAGUAAACAGACCAUGUACAAACUUUUAGGUUUUUUUAUAUGCUUUUCUCUGUACACCAACGUGAGGACCACACUGACAACAAAAACUGGUAAAAACGAUCUACCAGUGGUUCAUGGAAUGAGAGUAUUUAGCAUCAACUGGAUUAUUCUAGGAAACGUCUAUUAUCUUCUCUCUUACAACCAAGUGGGUGCUCUUCUGAAAGUGCUUGACCUGGGAAAAGACUUAGGUUUCCAGUUGGUUGUUCAAACUGUCUUUGCUGUGGAUACAUUCUUCUUCAUCAGUGGCUUGCUGGUUACACAUAUUACGUUAAGAAAACUCGAAAAAAAUGACGGUCGCUUCAAUUUGCUGAAAUUCUACAUUCAUCGUUAUUGGAGGUUAACACCGGCGUUCAUCUUGGUGUCUGGAAUAGUCAUAGUGCUACCAGUCAUAGGAAGUGGACCCAUCUGGCACGAGAAAUUAGACGUCGUUGCAAAAGGCUGUCGCAAAAACUGGUGGACCAACCUGUUGUAUAUUAGCAACUUCCUCAAACCAGAGGACAUGUGUUUACCCCAUGGAUUCUACCUGGCUUGUGAUAUGCAGUUCUUUCUUUUGUCUCCAGUCAUUAUAAUGACUUUAUACCGAAAACCAUUUGUUGGGAAGCUGUUGCUUGGUAUAGGAACUUUCGGUUCAAUGUUAACUGUAGCUCUUCUUACUCCUAUGUUCAAUCAGAUGCCAACCUUACUCUUCAGUAUAUCCGAGUUCAACCUUCAGAAUGAAUUCCAACGCUUGAUUUUCACCAUGCCGUACACUCACUUCGCUCCUUAUUGUGUUGGAAUGGCAACAGGGUAUAUUUUAUUUGUUUACCGACAAAAGAGGAUCUGCAUGCAUCCGAACGUGGUUUUGCUGGGCUGGAUUAUAGCUUUCGCCUGCAACCUAGCACUGGUGUUCGGAAUUCUUGAGUGGAAUAGUGGAUAUUUACCUAAGCAGGCGACAGGGGCAGUUUAUGCUGGUGUCAGUCGAUUCGCCUGGUCGUUAGGCCUUUCCUGGGUUGUUGUGGCCUGCACGAGUGGCUACGGAG